AUGGGGAAUCUUGAUUGUAAAUGCACUGACGAAAAAGAACGCGACGCCGGAAUUGUAGUGGAGAAGCUUGGCAAUAGAAAAAUCGAAAAAUUAGAAGCGACCAUGCCAGAUGAGCUGUAUCAGUCCAAAUCUUAUUAUGAUAACAUUGCAGGGCUACCAAUAUCUCAAAGUGUUCUUUCUAUAUGAAACUCGCAGCCGCCACUUUUGCCGCCGCCUUCAACGACGUGAAAAGAAGUAAAGGAAUCUGAUGGCAGAAUCUAUAGAGGAGAAGCCAAAAAUAAAUAUUCUUGGAUCAAAUUAUCAUAAACAAUUAUUUUUUAAAAAUUUUGAAAAAAUUAAUUAAAAUAAAAAAAUAUUCCAAAUGGAUUUGGAAUGCGUGUUUUAGAAGAUGGAAGUUUGCUAGAAGGCACCUGAUUAAACGGUGCUUUACAUGGGAAAGGAAGAGCAAUAUACUCAAAUGGUGAUUUUUAUUAUGGGGAUUAUGUGAAUGGGAUCGUUGAAGGGUAUGGAACACUUAUAAAUAGCGAAGGUGCAGUUUAUAGUGGGCAGUGGAAAAAUAAUAAGCAAAAUGGGGAGGGAAAAGAAACGUGGCCUGAUGGAGCUGAGUAUAUUGGGGAUUUCAAAGAUGAGGCCAAAAAUGGUAACGGAGUCUUCAAAUGGGCUGAUGGAAGCUCUUAUACAGGGGAAUAUUUAAAUAACAACAUCCAUGGUAAAGGGACUUAUAAGUGGGCUGACGGAAGAGUAUACACUGGAGAAUGGGUCGAUAACAAAAUGCAUGGUUUUGGAAGAUUCGAAUGGCCUGACGGAAGAGUCUAUGAAGGGGAUUACAAUUUUGAUAAGAAAGAAGGACAAGGAACUUUUGUGUGGCCAGAUGGAAAAAUGUACUCAGGAAGCUGGCUAAAUGGAAAACAGCAUGGAAUUGGAUGGGCGUCUUCGAAUGAUUCUCCUCCAAGAAAGGGAGAGUGGCAGCUAGGGAAAAGGAUCAGAUGGCUUGAUUCUAAACUUACUUAA